UCGUGAUUAGUCCUGAGCAUAUCUAUCCAGUAUCACCUCAUAUGUAUGUGUAACGAGAGCAAGAACGCAAGGUGGCGCUAAGUGCCCCAGAAAGCCAGACGUCACGCAGUGGACGAAGAAGACAUUCACUCGUGUUAAAGGAACCAAACCCGAGGUGUAGUUUGUGAGGAAAUAUAUAUAUUCACAGUAUCGCAAAAGCAGGUUGACUCGUCGGAAAAAUGGUUGGAAAAAUUAAGAACGUCCGCCAGAAGUUGCAUCAGAAAGCUGUGAAGCUGACGUGGCUGCCGGGCUGCGCUUCGUCCAAAGGCAAAGGGUCGGACGAGCCUUUCGCCUGCCUAACGCACCAGCCAAGUCAUUCACAUGUGGACAAUGGCUUUCCUGAAGUUACAGGGAAGAUGCAAACCCAGGACCAAAUGUCUUCCCCUGCUGGGAUAUUUUCAGGAACAAAAAUUGCUCCAGAAGCCCUGAGACAGACCUUAACAUUCAAAGACCCUCCAGCAGCCCCCAUACCUGCCAAGGCAGGAACCUCUGAAGAAAAGAAAGUCAAGUCAAAGAAAGAAAAGAUGAAAGAAAGAAGGGAACGAUGGCUCAACAAGAUAAGCAUUAUCAAGUUGACAAAGGAGCGUCAAGCGGCACAGGCCCGGCGGCAGGCCACUCCGGUAGUGGGAGACAUGAGUGUGCUUGCGGAAGCCCUGCCUGAGCUGUCGGAGCUCAUCGCCCCGGCUACCACAGCCUGCAUAGCCCCCACAGCUCGCCGGAAAAGUAAAGUGCCAGUCAAGAAGAGCACGGCAACUGAUUUCAGUCAGAUGAGACCGCUACAGAAACGCAAACUUUUGGAGUCAGAAAUCAGUAGGUUUGGUGAGGCGGUGAAAAUCCUCAGCAGCAAAAGGAAUCCUCUCAACGAGAUCUCUGAGCAUCUGAGGAAGCGACUAAAGCAUUUAGAAGAAGGUUCCAGUUAACGUCAGUAAGAUGUUACUUAUUUACUGCAUUCAAACCAUACAUCACCGUUCCUCCAUUACAGAACCCCUGUUUACUAUGUCUGUGUUUUUUUUUUUCUUCUGACAACAGCCUUUCAGUAAUGUUUUUAGCUGAUGAUCAGCAAUAAAAUUCUACUUUCAGUGAGUGUGAUGGAUUUAUGUAGUGAAGUGUUUUGCGAAAAUCCGCAAAUAAUUGACGCCCCCAAAGGGUUUGUAAUUUCCAAUAAAUGCCACACAAGGAUGGCAAAGACCUACUUUUAUUUAAUUGAAGCUCUUAACCCAGUUCAAAUUAUUUUCGUGUACCAAUUAAUUUUAUGGAUAAUGUACAUUUAUCGGGAUGCACUUUUCCAUGAAAACAAAUGACAAGAAAGGAAACAAGAAAUUACUAUGUUCUGCACUAUAGCAAUAAAAUCAGUUUAAUAGCGAUUUUAAGGAUACAGUGACAGAACACAGCGGGGUGAUUUUGGGGAAUUUUCUUGUCUCACCAAAUUGUGAAAAGGCAGCUGUGAUUCGAGUUGAUAAACUAAAACAAAAGAAGUUCAAGCUCCUAACAUGAGAGUAAUGAGAGGUGACUUUUUAUGUAAAAUUUGAAAUUUUCCCUAUUUUGUCGAGUGGUCAUCACUAGAUAAACAAUAAUUCUGAUGUUAUUCAUAACACAAGUUUCUUGAUAAAAUACCAGUGCAAAGUGCUUGGCUGGUUACAAUACUAACAUGAUGAUUUGUGGUUUAUAAAAUCUAAUACAGUACUAAAAUGGGUAUGCAACGAAAACAAUGCAAAUAUGGAUUAGCAAGAGUAU